AUGGGGGAACCCCGCAGCCCCGAGGGGGAGCCCGCCCCUCUCCUCAAGAGCGCCGUCCCGCCGGCCCUCCUGGUCUCCUGCGCUCUGCUGCUGUGCCUGUGGGCGCGGAGGCGGCGGCGGCCAAGGGCGCCAGGCAAGAGCCCGCCCGGCCCCCUCGGCUGGCCGCUGCUGGGCAACGUGCUGCAGCUGGGCCGCCUGCCUCACCUCACCUUCUGCGAGCUGGCGCGGCGCUACGGGGCCGUCUUCCAACUACGCUUGGGCAUGCGCGCCAUCGUGGUGUUGAACGGCGAGGCGGCCAUCCGGCAGGCGCUGGUGCAGCAGAGCGGGCUGUUCGCCGGCAGGCCCGACUUCCCCUCCUUCCGCCUGGUGUCGGGCGGCAAGAGCAUGGCCUUCGGGCACUACACGGAGCGCUGGCGGGCGCAGCGGCGGGUGGCGCACGCCACGCUGCGCGCCUUCUCGACGGCCAACACGCCCAGCAAGCGGCUCUUCGAGCAGCACGUGGCGGCCGAGGCGCAGGAGCUCAUCGACGGGCUGGUGGGCCUGAGCGAGGGCGGCGCUUUCGCCGACCCGGCGCCGCUGCUGACGGUGGCCAACGCCAACGUGAUGUGCGCCCUCUGCUUCGGGCAGCGCUACAGCCACAGCGACGGCGAGUUCCGGGCGCUGCUGGGCAGGAACGACCGCUUCGGGCAGACGGUGGCGGCGGGCAGCCUGGUGGACGUGCUGCCCUGGCUGCAGGCCUUCCCCAACCCCGUGCGCAGCGUCUUCCACGACUUCCAGGCGCUCAACCGGGAGCUGCACGACUUCGUGCGGGCCAAAGUGGCGCAGCACCGGCGCACCUUUCAGCCGGGCGCUUCCCCGCGCCACAUCAGCGACGCCAUCCUGGAGCGCAUGGAGUACGGGCCCGGGGCGCAGCAGGGCCUGGCGGGGGACUACGUCGAAGGCACCCUCACCGAUCUCUUCGGCGCCGGCCAGGACACCACCUCCACCGCCCUGGCUUGGGUGCUGCUGCUCCUCCUGAAGCACCCGGCGCUCCGGCGGCAACUGCAGGAGGACCUGGACCGAGUAGUGGGCCGCAGCCGCCUGCCCACGACCGACGAUCGCGCCGCCUUGCCUCGCCUGGAGGCCUUCCUCUACGAGACGCUUCGCUACAGCAGCUUCGUGCCCCUCACCAUCCCGCAUGCCACCACCGCCGACGUCGUCCUGGACGGCUUCCACAUCGCCAAGGACACGGUGGUCUUCGUCAACCAGUGGUCAGUCAACCACGAUCGGCUCCGCUGGAAGGACCCGCAGGUCUUCGACCCGGCCCGCUUCCUAGACGCCGGCCAAGAGACCCUCGACCGAGAUCUUGCGUGCCGGGUCCUCAUCUUCUCUCUGGGCAAGAGGCGCUGCAUCGGGGACCAGCUCGCCAAGCUCCAGCUGUUCCUCUUCACCGCCAUCCUCUUGCAUCAGUGCGACCUGGAGGCCAAUCCUGCCGAGGAGCUCACCAUGGACUGCGAGCACGGGCUGGCUCUCAAGCCCCUGCCCUACACCUUGGCGGUGAGAAGACGAUGCCUUGUCCAAAGCCCCGGUGAGGAGAGGCCAGCUGCAGGAGUCCUCCAUGUUACCUCUUGA